AUGGUGAAGGGCAGUGGGGCGCACUCAAGAAGAAGGCGCACCGCUCUUUUGCUGACGGCUGCUCCUGCUGCUGCGGUGACAGUUCUUCUUUUCGUGUCGUGGAGGAAUGUGGAGGAGGCAGGGGACGAGGCGAGAUCAACGGUCCGCCCUUCGCCGUUUCUGAUCGCUGCGUCUCAGGCACGUGGUACCACACCCACACUCUAUCAGUCUCUGCAGCCGGAGGAAAUUGGAGGUAUUCUACCGGGAAACAUAACAGCCUUCAUGUCUCCGAGAGGACCACACAGGGGAAAGGAGGUGCCACACUUUGACUACGGCGAUGGGCCCAGGCGCUACUGUAAUCCAUACCAUCCCAUGCGUCGUACCUUGCGUCCCUGCCAUGGUCUUCUCUACACGAAAGGCAACUGGCUGUACAACAGCAGUCUUUGGCCCCGAUACGCUUCUCGUGGAAAGGUGUUGGGAUGUUGUGAGCGGGUUUUCUGA